AUGUACGAGCGUGUGUUGGAUGAACGACAGGUGGCCAAAACCACUGUUGAUGCUAUUCGUUCCACAACUGAUGCUCACCUGUACAGCUGUAUUGAAGCAGCAAGGAAUUUCAUGGCUGUAAUCGCACCGUUUAUCCAAUUAUGUAAAGCAUAUUUUCCCUACGGUGUGGAGUUUAUCAGUAUUCAGAUGAAAACAGAUUCGAAAAUUUCUAUGCAUGUGGUCUCAAUGGAUGACUUUAAAUGGUUGAGCCAUCUCAUAAAUGUAUAUCAGAUGGAUCAGAACAGUGCAGUACGUCGGGCAGGACUGAACUGUAUAGCCUCGUUGACAGAUGCUUGUCCUGAUCUCAUCGCUUUCCUUUUAAAUUCACGACUUCCAGAAGUACUAGCGUCAGAAUUUCAAACACAAGAUUUCGAGUUGACUAAUCUACAUCUGCUUGCCAUACAGCUACUCACGAAGAUUUACUCAACUGACAAAGCCCCUCCGCUCCAACACUUUGAUUUCUUUGAUAUCAACUUCUUUACGAAGUUGACCAAGCACUUGAGGGAUCAUCCUAACGAGAUAAUGGACUUCAUAGUCAAUUUUAAUUUUCUUUGUCCUGAGACUCAUGAAAACAGAGUAAUUAACGCACUAGAAGUUAGCCCAUGUUCACUUCUCGGACAGUUAUUGGUGAAAUCAGUGAACGAAGAAAUCACUGAUCGUCGUCUCAAAUUCUUUCUUGAUACUUCUAAAGGAGAACUGUAUAAACAGUUGUUCUACGAGAAUGAUCUUAAUGUCUUAUCACAUGUACUGGCAAGGGAACUAGUCAAUUCAGAGAGCAAGAAGAUUCGACGUCGAUGUAUGGAAUGCAUUGUUCGGUUAUCCGAUAUGGGUUAUUGUGAUAGAAUGAUAUUAGAAGCCAUUGAAAGUAGCGACUUCAAAGAUGCACUGUAUCCCGAAACAUUGAAAUUCAUUGAAAGGACAUUCCGUGACAUGUAA